UUGGGUUACAUCUUCCUAACCAUGGCAUUGAAUUUUUUAUCACAGGUAACAUAAAUGGAGAUAAAACCAACAGUUGCAUUGAGGGCUAUACUUGUUGGAGGUAUUGCUGCAUUUGCAAAAGUGGCUGGUGCAAUGAAGGCCGCAGGUGGUGUAAAGCUGGGGGCAGCAGCAGCUGCCAUGACAGCUGCAGCAACUGCAGCUAUGUCGGGACCAAAACAGGAACAAGAAGAUACUAACAAGCCACCUCCACAGUGACCUUUUACCAAAGUCUUUUUUGGUCUAUAGGAUGAUGUAAAAUAAUGUCUCAACCCAAGCUCAUUAGUUGUAUUUGUGCUGUGAGCUUGAGAGUAAAAUGAUUUUAUCUUGUUUUGGAUUCUUCAAUAUAUUCUAUUUCUUUUUACAAUACCCAGAAAUUAUGGCUUGGGUUUGAUAUGCAAAUAUUAAAGCAAAAUUCAAUUGCUUGGUUGGAU